UUCCGUUCGUGCGCCUUUUGUAAACCGAAAAAGUUCACCUGGAUCACGGUGACGUUGCGCUGUCCCUCGUUGGUGCCACAGUUGCGCCGGAAGCGCAUCCAACGCAUCAAGCAGUGCAAGUGCAUCGCUGAACCGUUACACUAAAGGGGAGAGAGGGACUAGCACGCGUUGCAGGAGCAGCUGGCCAUGUUACUAGGUUUAUUGGUUUUGGAUUAGGUACGCGAUGUGAGUUGCGUAGUUGUGUGUAAGUCACCGUGUGUUAUGUGUGCGUCUGUGUUUGUACUUUUGGGGAACUACGGAGUAGGCCAGCAGUUGUGGUAGCUCCAGAUGAUAACUGGAGAUGUUUGUGGAGAAGACACUUUUGAUUGUUUGACUUGGACCGUCAUCUGCUCGUGGAUUGACAUGUAGAUUCCAUCGUAGCAGCACACGAUAGGAGAUGAAUUCCUUUCUGGAUUGAUGUUCCCCGAGGGCCUCCAUUGGCCAAGUAUUGUAUCUGUUGUCCAACUUUCCAUUUUCGGGCGUUCGGGUUCUCAAACCCAAACCCUUGGACGCCUGGGUGAAGAUGCUGCAGCACCUUUCCCCCCCCCUGGAAGACGACGACGAAAAAGGCUCAGGUUGUCUGUUGUUUGUGAAGCUUCUUUUUUUUUUUUGUUGGGUCAGCGAUCGGCCAUCCUGUGGAUCAUCCAGCCGGAGGGGCCAGUGCAGCCUGCUUCGCUUUGCGUGCAGAGGCGCUUCGUGUGCGCGUGUGUAAGGUGGGAAGGUGGUAAUUUUCGCCAUUUCCUCCCUCUGGCCGUCCUGCCGUUUCGAUCCGAUCCGUUCCGGGGAAAGUGGGAGUUUGCAGCGACGGUGGCGGCGGGGCUAGAAUGAUGAAUGGCGUGUAUGUGCGAGUGCGAGUGGCCAAAAGCAGAACCAGCUGCCGGACGUAUGUGGGCUCGCAACGUUCCCAUUGUGGCUGACUUGUGAUCCGGCGUGAAGCGACUCCGAAAUGGGAAGCGACUAAAAGGGUAGCGGAUGAACCGUCGGUGGUGGUGAUGGUGAUGUCCAACCGUGGCGACCAUGUUUUCGCUGGCAUUAUGGAUGGAUGCCGAUACUGCGUCACUCGGUUACAUUGUAGUCAAAGUUCCGAUCCGAAGAGCAGCUCAAUCGCAAUCGAUUCUUUCCGAUUCAUCCGUUCUAGAUG